AUGGCUCAGUUCGGAAGCUACUGCCCCAGUGUGCGCGUCGGGAACUGGAGCGAGGACGCGGUCUUGGAGGAGGAGGCGCUCAGAGACUUCCUGGAGAGGCGCGCCAGAGGCGAGCUGACCGGCCAGAGGAGAGACCUCCUCAGACGCGGCGCGCUGCAGCAGGUAAAUCUGUCAGUGUCAAAGGACGGCGGUCUGCACUUUGGAGACGUUGUGAUGCUGCUGAAUAUGGGAGGGCAAAAUAGGGAGAUCAGUGCAAUCGGCAUCAACGUGGACAUUGGCAAUCUGACCGAGACUCCCGAACCUGUCAUUAAAGCCCCUUGUGGAGUCAGUGCAGGAAGAAGUGUAGAGCCUUGCGCACGCACCGCUUUCAUCAUCACCAGUGUGGACGGCAGUCCUGAGGGAUCGGCUCUACAUUAUGAGCAAAGUUUCGCCCUGAAAACAACAAGUGGCUUUUCUGGAGGACUGUAUUUGACCAGUGACCUGCGGACUUUUCAGAAGUGUGCAAAGAAGUCCCGCCUCCAGGAAGUGAGUCUGGACGAAGCCAGUUCUUUUAUGUCGUGGUGGAAGGUUGUGCACUUUGACCCCCAAGAGAGGAUCGAGUCUGAAGGCGUGCCUGUCCCUGCGAAUACUGAAGUGCUGGUUACACACUGCAAGACAAAUCAGGCUCUCGCUGUCCUGGGCGAUCAAGUCCUCUGGACCAUGUGUGGCCAGGAGUAUGAGGUGACGGCCCACACCUUCCUGGACUCCCACAAAGCCGAGCGGGACAACAACCAUUGGAUAUUUUCAACUUCUGACCCUGCAGUGGCUGGAUUCUCCCCCAGCGGCUGGGUUCUCCCCCAGUGGCUGGAUUCUCCCCCAGCUGCUGGGUUCUCCCCCAGUGGCUGGGUUCUCCCCCAGUGGCUGGAUUCUCCCCCAGCUGCUGGGUUCUCCCCCAGCUACUGGGUUCUCCCCCAGUGGCUGGAUUCUCCCCCAGCUGCUGGGUUCUCCCCCAGCGGCUGGGUUCUCCCCCAGUGGCUGGAUUCUCCCCCAGUGGCUGGAUUCUCCCCCAGCUGCUGGGUUCUCCCCCAGUGGCUGGAUUCUCCCCCAGCUGCUGGGUUCUCCCCCAGUGGCUGGGUUCUCCCCCAGUGGCUGGGUUCUCGGUAG